GGCUUCACAGUCUCGCUCUGGCCGCUGACUAUGGCGGCCGCUCGGUUGUCUCUGGCAAUAUUAGCCUUGGUCCUCUCGACCACCGGAAAUGGACAACAGCUUCAGCAGCAGCAGGAGCACCAGCCAAUAGUUUCUAGUAGCAAGCAGUCGCAACUAUGGCUUGAUUGUUCCUGCCUGCAUGCCACCGAUCGGAAUGCCACCCAGUGGGGCAGAUUAGCAAUUAACGCUAGCCAGGCGCUGGGUGUCAAAAACAACUGCCUUAUGAUCUUCAUCGGUGGCCACGAUGACGAACUAGUGGCCUUUCAGCUCGAGCAAUUGCAGCUACGUCCCGGGUGCUUGGACAGCGUGGACGUCUUUCCGUAUCUGAGGGAGCCCGUCAUCGAGAACGCGACACUGGCGGCGGACACCUUUUGCCAGCACAGCCGGAACCGUAGUGCCACGCCUAUUUAUAGCUCCGGUCGAUUGAUGGGCCUUCGGCUCCGCUUCCAGCAUCCGCCCACCAAUGCGGACAGGUGGAACUUGACCCUAACCGCCAGCUAUCGAUUUCUGAAGCGAGAAAACUUCCGUACGGAUGGUCGCCUGGUGCCACAUAGUUACUGCGACUUUUACUUUUUCGCCAGCCUAGCCACCGAGGAGGGCAAUCUAGGCCAGGGAUACUUCCACUCACCGCGCUUUCCCGCCCACUAUCCGGCACACAUCAAGUGCGCCUACAAGUUCAUCGGCAGGCCAGACACCCAUGUGGAGAUCCUGUUCGAGGAGCUGCAGCUGCCGCCGGUGGUAAGCGGUGGAUGCCAGCUAGACGCGAUUACUCUAUUUGAUGCCGAGUCCGCUCACAUGAGCUCCGUGAUUGAUGUGCUCUGCUCAAGUCGUCCCAGCCGCCGGCUGGUGAGCAGCGGUCCCGAUCUCCUACUGGAGUUCAAUGCCAGCUCCAAUCGCACGGCCAAAGGAUUCCGCGGCAAGUACAGAUUCGUGCCUAACGAGCCAGGAGUCCUGAUAGCCUUGCCUCCACCGCCCGCUGUCUUGGAGGCGGCCAGUGUGGCAGUGAAGGAGGAAAAGCAGAUCCAGAUCCAGCAACUCCAGUUACAACACUCCUUUGCCGCAAAGGCAAACAGUCUGCCAAUCGAUGUGGAGCUGUCGAAGCCGGGACGGCCGUUUGAGCCAUGCAAACAAAUAUUCGACACACGCGUUAACAAAUCUGGAACCUUUGACUCCAGCCAGCUUUUCUUGGCCAAGCACGCCGUCGGCGGCUCUGUAAUCGGCGGUUCGAGGGUCCUGCAAUGCCGCUACGAAUUCCACGGAACACCGCCAGAGCGCGUGCAGAUUCGGUUUCACGAUUUUAACAUUCCCACGGAGCACGAGAACUCCACUGGCUGCCAACCGGCAGAUGCCCUUCAUGUGGUGACCGAGAUGCGGGGAGAGACACAGGAGCUGCUCUGCGGAGCCUUUUUGCCCAAGCCCCUAAUGUCCAGCGGUACGCAGUUGCAUCUCCAGUUUAUGGGCAAGUAUCCGCCUGAGAUGACCAAUAAGGUGCAGUACUACGGAUUUCGUGCUGAAUACCGGUUUCUGACUAAUUUUGGCAUCAUGUCGGGCGUUCAACAGGGCCAGGAGUGUGCUUUCGUGUACAACAGCAGCGAGCGCAUAAGUGGCCUAUUCCACUCGCCCAAUUUUCCGGGAUACUAUCUGGAAAAUGUUGUAUGCAAUUACUACUUUUACGGUGCCAGUGAUGAACAGGUGGUCCUGCAUUUUACCUACUUUGACGUGGAGGGCAUUGAAACUUGUGACCAGCAGACAGCCAGCGACUAUGUGGAGUUCUCCAAUUUUAUGACCACGGAUCGAAAGUACAGCAGAUACUGUGGAAAGCUUCAGGACUUUGAAAUGCGGUCAUAUGGGCGUUUCUUCCGUGUCACCUUGCACUCAAAUGAUCGCUUUGUAGCCAUAGGAUUUCGCGCUUUGUACACCUUUGAAACCAUCCCCAUGAAUAACUCCAUUAUUUCUCUGCGGGAUAAUGCCUCCACGCAGAGCUUUAUUUCCUCCGCGCCAACACGAGCGAUUAAGGAGUUGUACCAGUUUCUUUUGUUUAUUUUGUUUUUGCAACACUCUUUUAAGUAAUAACAGACAUGGUGCCAAAAUUCUAUCAAUUGAAAUAAAUAUUACAAAAAUAUAACAACAAAAAAUUAAGUUUAAGUUUUCAAAAAAUAACGAUGUAAUGAUGCAACAUCGAUAAGAAGUAGUGUGUUAUCGAUGGGUACUAUUGCAUUAAAA